AUGCACACCGAUUAUCCAGUUGAAAAACACCUUCUAUCGAGAUCGUACACCUCCGAAGCCCAAAUCUUACAGAUUCUAGAAACACGCUAUGCUGGUAGUGAGGCAGCUGCCCAGCCAUUCUUGGCUUUAGUUCCAACAAGCUCCGAAUCGGCGCCAAUAAAAGAGAAGACUGAAACGACCUUGAAUCGAAACGAAGCCAGAAAGCCCGCGGGAGCUAGGAAAUUGAACGUCAGAAGAGACAUGCGUGUUUACAUCAAAAGGACAUUGUCCAACCAAAGAGCUGCCGUUUCCAAACUACGUCAGUGUCAGAAAAAGGGCGAGCAGAUCUCAAUUGAGAAUCUUCUCAGCAGCUUCAAGAUUCCCAAAUACGAUGAGUACAUUCAACUUAAUGAGCUAUGGAAAAAGUAUAUGAGCGAGCUUCUAUUUCUGGAGCAGAAAAACCCAGAUCUUACGCUUUUGUUGCCCCGUCUAUCAUCUGCAGACUACAAUGGGUGUCUCCUCACAGUUUUAGAAUCUAGAGAUAUGAAUAUCAUCGGGAUUACUGGAAUUGUUUUGUUUGAUGCCCAGCAUCUGUUCAUCGUGGUGACGCCUCAGAAAAAGCAUAGCGAUAGGAACAUUUCGGCAGCAGAACAACUCGGCGGCUUGCGGUUUUUAAGGAAAAAAGGUACGCUUUUUGGCUUUUCUCUUGCGGUAGAUGAGAAUGAAUACAUUGAUUUUACAAUCAUGGGCUCCAGGUUCGAGCUCAGAGCUGUGGAUAGAACAGCAAAGAAAUUCAAGAGUCAUAAGGUGGAAGAUAUUUAUUAG